AUGGAAGAUAGGGAGACGCCACGAGAGAUGUUCAACAGAGAACAUGAACAAUUAAGAACAGACGGGGAGAAAUGGAUGCGUAAGACCUCCAUAUCAUGUAUGGUUGUCGCGACUCUAGUCGCAGCUGCAGUCUUCCAAGCGAUUUAUCAACCACCAGACAAGCAAAAGAACGAGAAGCUAUUUUUGGUAUUUGUUAUAUCAGAUGCAUUCUCCUUGUUUUGCUCAAUUGCGUCAAUUUUAACAUUCCUAUCUAUUGUGACUUCGACGUAUGCGGAAGAUGACUUCUUAGUAUCAUUGCCGUUGAAAUUGAUGGUUGGACUGGUUAUGCUUCUUUUCUCCAUAUUGGCAAUAUUGUUGGCAUUCACCGUGUCUAUUAUUAUCCUUUUGCCCAACAAACCGGUGUGGAUUAUUGUUGUCGUCUUUGCUUGGGUUACCGGUGUUGUGUAUCUCCGGCUGCAUUUCCCGUUGUUGCUGGUUGUUUACCGUUCCACUUUUGGCACCAAGUAUCUAUUCCGUCAUCAACACGAGCUUUUUCGAGAUUAA